UGAAUGAGUUUCAGUACUUUAGUUGAUUCCGUCGGUUGCUGAUCAUUAAAGCAUCGUUGCAAAUUAAAGACGUCUACGUAACUAUAAAAAAUCUCUAAGAUCCUGAAAACAUGAAAGAACAAACGUCUCCUCAUAUUAUCGAAAUCCUAAACUCUAAAACACAAACCGAAAAAUUUAAAAAAGAUGAAUUAAUGAAAUACAGUGAUAACGCAAGUGAUUUUUCUGAAGUUUCCGUAAUAUUAUACGCUAAAAUAGAGGAAGGAGAGAAAAUUAAGGAAAGUAUAGGAAGUAAUGAAUCAUCGAAUCUCGAAGAAAUUAAUCUUAAUUUGAAAGCUUCCGACAUUAAGGGAAAAGAUUUAGAUGCCAGGUUAACGGAAUUGUUAACUGGAGGAAAAUUUCCAGAAAAUUUUCUGAAUUCGCCCAAGAGCGAGCAAAAAGAUUGGUUACGCAAUAAAAUGAAGAUGGAGUUACCAGAUUUGCCCGAUAAUUUGAUAAAUUUGUUAGUUGGAACUGCUUUUGAUGGAGAUUGUGGAAGAACACUUGAGGAAAGACCGGAUUGGUUAGAUUUAGAGAAAUUUAAAAGAGGGCAAAAAUUUGCGAGGCGUCAUGCUUUUGGGUUAUCGUAUGCGCAGUUGUUGUCACUUUUUGUUUUAUUUUCAUUCGAAGAUGGACUGAAACCUUUGGUUAUCACUGGGAAAUCAAGCACGCCUUAUACGGCUUUCAAAAGAUACCUCUCAACAGGGAUACGUCUUCGAAAUUGGUACGCAGAGGAUCCUUGGACGAAGGAUACAGCGGCUUACAAUGACAUUAAGGCAGUCAGAAAAAUGCAUGCAAAUGUUCGAAGGAGAUUGGAAAAAACGAAAAAUGAGGAUAUAGAUGCAGAGGCUAAAAUUCAGAAUCCAUAUUGUCCAACAAGGGAUACUCUUUUACAGGAUUUCAAAUCAGCUUGUCCUGCACCUGCCCCAGGGCAAUGCCCUUAUAUGGCUUUUCAAAAUACUGAGGUAGUACCUGUGAGACCGAAAGGGCUAAAUCAGGGAGAAAUGGUGGCGACCCAAUUUGGUUUUUUGGGAUUGCUUGUUUUGUACCCCAAAUAUUUUGGUGUUCAUAAUGUGACUGAAAAAGAUUUGGAGGAUUUUUGUCAUACUUGGCGGGGACUGGGAUAUCUUCUUGGAAUUGAUGAUGAUUUAAAUCUUUGUCGGGGAUCCUUGAGUGACAUAAAACAACGAUGUACGGACUUUUUGGAACUUUGGGCAAAACCUAAUUUCAGAGAUUUUACACCUGAAUGUGAGCAUAUGAUGAGAUGUGUUGUGGACGGUUUACAAUAUUAUUGGCCCGGUGUCACUUAUGAAAUAUCUAUCUUAUAUUUAUCUGAAAUACUUAAUUUACACAUGCCGAGAUUGUAUUCAAGUUUAUCUUACGUAGAUCGGAUUAAGCAUAAUAUUAUCAAGUCCUUUUUCUGUUAUACGAGUCGAUUGCCUGGUAUGAUGACGCUAAUGAAUAAAAAACUUGAUGCGGCUUUCGACAAAGCAUUGAAUUUUAAUCCUGAAAAACAUGAGGAAUUAAAAAAGAAAUCUGAAGAAAGCAUACAAAGAAGAUUGUUAAUGGAUUUUAGUACUUAUUUAUAAUAUUUAUACCAAAUUAUGUAUUUGGAUCGAAAUAAGUUUUUGUAUUUGAGCCAAAGAUGUUUGCUUAAGGCCAUGUAAUAUUUAUUCGAUUUCUACUUUACCGACAUUUAUUUUUCAUUAUAUCAAUUUCAAACAAAAUUAAAUAUCAAGCUGAAAGGCUUGGGUAAUAUGUAAAAGGAACUAAGAAACUUUUAUGUACUAAUAAGUAAUUACAUCUACAAAAAAAUUUUUUUACAUUUUUUUUGUUUCUGUAAAACUUUAUUAGUAAAUAAACGUUCCUUAGUGCCGUCUCUUUAUUUUCUCAAACAUUUAGCUCGAAAUCACAAUUCAUUUGGAAUUGGUAUAAUAAAAAAAAUGUCGGUAAGGUAGGAAUUGAAUAAGUAUUAAAUGGCCGCAAGGCCAUGUAAUGCUUAUCUGAUUUCUACUUUACCGACAUUUUUUACAACAAUUCACGUCCACACGAAUUGAGAUCUCGAAUUAAAAAAUUUGGAAAGUCAAGAAUAUUUCUUAGUAUCUUUUAUACAAUCUGCCGAAUAUUCAACAUGAUAACUUAAUUCCUGUGGACGUGAGAUGUUGCCAAACAAUGUCGAUAAGGUAGGAAUCGGAUAAAUAUUACAAUAUUACAAUAUUACAAUAUUACAAUAUUACAAUAUUACAUAAUAAAUAUUACAUAUAUUAAUUGUGUUUUAUGAGCUUUUUGCUGUUAUUGCCUGUGUUAGUGAGAUAUAUUAAUAAUUUUUUUGUCGAUCUGAAGGUGCUAUUAAAUUUUAUGUAAUUUUGGAAAGCGGAGUAAAAGAAAUUGUAGGAAAAUGUAGUUUUGAUACGUGUUGUGUAAAUAUUACUUAUUGAAUAAAAUUGAAAAAAAA